AGAGAAUCUCGAGUUGAACAUUGUUCCCUGUCAGCUGUUAACUUGCCCUGAUUGUUUGGUUUUGGCAUGAUUCACGUCUGCGCACAAGAAGGGGAUCCGAACCAACAGUCCUGGGAUCUCAAUAUCAGUGACUGGCAUUAUAUGUAAACAAUCCAUGGCAUGAAAGGUGACCUGAAUGUCUAAAAUGAGUGGAUGCUAAAAAGAGAUCACGUAUAGACAUUGACAUUGUAGUUUGAACUGCAUGUUGAAGGCAGAUUGUUGUUCUUUGAGGUCAUGGGAAUGUCAGAUGAUGCUGUGAUUGGUAGGGGUCUGAACAGCCCUGAUCCACUGGUGCGUGAGGCCUAUAUGCUGGCCUAUGACUAUAUCAACUAUGUUACGGCCAAACCAGGUGUCCCAUUAGGUCCAGCACCGACCCAUGCGACAGCUGCCCUGCGCCACUCGGGAGAUGAGUUGCUUGUUCGCUUCCCCAUCUUCAUUCGGCGCUGGCCACGGGUUUUCCAGGACGUGACAGAACAAACGGCCUGCCCAACCCUUGUUUCCAUCCUGGAUGAGCACUUUGCCCCUACCCGGCAUAGAGACCUUGCAUGGAGUGCUGUGCUCUCUGUGUUCGUUCUAGCUGGCCAACUGGCUUUGCACUGUCAGGAGAGGGGCAUGACAACUGUCCUGCCACAGAUUCAGGAGUGUUUGGGCAGCUACGUAGAGAUGGUCAUCUGCCCGGAGAUUAGGGAUAAAGGAGGAUGGUCUGGUUUCAUCAGUCGUUUUGGAGAGAAGCAGAGCCUUGAAGACCAGGCGAAGAUGGCGUGCUGCUGGUCACUCCUCUUGCUGUGUGUUGGGAUCCUAACCUACUUUGUUUGGGCAAGAAGGAAAACUUAGACUACAGCGCCAUCUGCUGGGAAUAUGUGCCAAGUAAACCCUUUUGAAUGCCAGGGACAUCCAUGAUUGGUUGGGUUGAGCUAGUAGAGAUAUUUAGGCCAACAAAUAGGACUGUUAUUUAAACUAUAAACUGAAUUUAUACAAUGUUGCAUAAUCCUGAAACAUUACAGGAAAUUUCCCCUUUAGUCACUUUGUAAACCAUAUUCGUUUUAACAGCCUUGUAU